AAAGUGAGGAGCCGGCGGUUGGGUUGAGAGUAAAGAUGGCGGCUAUGUGUUUGUGUGUGGUGAGGCGGAGCUGUAAAGAAACGGUGAUCUGGGCAUCGCGGAGGAGCGGGAGGGGCUUCUUGACUGUCUAUGGUAAUCCUAUCCAACACAAGACUGAAGACAAUCAAGAUUCAAUUGGUUCUGCCAAGACUCGCAAGUGUACUGCUGAAAAUGCAAUGCAACACAAGAUGCCUUCUAGUCCAUGUGCUAGUCAAAAAGUGCUGCAACUCCAAAUGAAUGAGUUAGUUAAAGAACAUCAGACCCUGCAGGAGAACUAUCAGAAAGUUGUAGCCCGGGUUGAAGAUGGCAAUAGAAGAAUGAGAAAGUGUGUUGAAGAUGCCAGGCUAUAUGGUAUUCAUAGUUUUUGCAAAGAUGUCUUAGCAGUGGCAGAUAUCUUAGAGAAGACAUCCCAGAGUGUAACAGAGGACGACCUUGCUAAUUCCAAUCCAACUUUGAAGAACCUCUAUGAAGGCCUAUGCUUGAUUGAUGAGAAACUGUGCAAAAUAUUUUCCAAGCAUGGGUUGGAGAAGAUGAAUUCCAUUGGCCUCAAGUACAACUCAGCUGAACAUGAAAUUGUUUUGCGUGUUCCAUCUGUGGAUGCAUUACCUGGUACUGUGGUAAAAAUUGUGCAAGAGGGGUAUAAACUACAUGGCAGGAUUCUAAGAACAGCACAAGUUGGGCUGGCUAUUGAGGCCCAACCACAUUUAAGGAAAGAUAGAACUGGAUCUUGACAUGACAGUCAAUGUGCUUUAUAAUCUAGGAAUUCAUAAUUUAUGAAUGCUUUGUAUGUUUAGAUAUCUUACACCUCCUUUUCAUUAUGAUUUAGAUAUAAUAUUUCCAAGCAUUAAAUGGCUGCUAAGAUUUGAAUUUGCUGAAAGGGGGAAGAACUGUGGAAAUGUGUGAAGUACAUUUUCACACAUGAGGAAAGCUAUUGUAGGUGAUAUACCUGUUGUACUGAACUCAAAAGGAGACAGAUCUGUCUUGCCUGACACUGCCAAAGAACUGCUAGCUGUCCUCAUCUGAGUAUGAAGAGUGAUGAAAUAAAAUUGAGAUGAGUGAUCCUCCUAUGGCCCAGUCAGUAUUUGUGCCAUAAAGAUUUCUGGCCUGUGCUGAGAUACCCAAGUGUUAAUAGGGUUGUUACAAUUUGCCACAAUGCCCCUUAAAGUGAAAAUGCCCAUACCUGACGAUUUAUCCAGCAACCUCUACUGGAAGUGCCCUUGUGGGGAUAGGAUUGUACUCAACCAACAGCCAGUUCCACCAUGUGGGCAUUAUAUUCAAGGCUCAAACAAGUAUUCGAUUGAGAAUCGUGCUGGAGGUUCUCUAUGGAGCUGUAGCUGUUGAGACUGGAAAAAUACUUAACUUCUUAGUGCCCUUCUGCUUUUUGACAUGGAUUUCAUGGAAUCAUUUAGUGAUCUUCCAGAACUGUUUAAGACAGGGUUGCUGCUUGGAAAUUUUGCAUGAAAUGUGGAAGAAACUUUUUUGCUUCUCCAAACAUUUUUUUUAAAUUGGGGUCAACGGGCCUAUUGUCAAAUCAGUUCUGCUCCAUGUAACUCUUUCCUCCAUAAUCUGUUGGCUUCCUGUGCUGUUGGUCUAACUGAAGGCAGCUUGAUCAAAAACUGGGGAAAUGAGCCUUGUAUAUAGCUUCCUGUCACCUUUUGAGGAAAUGUUAGACUGAGCUGGUUAGUUUGGCAAAUACUUCAGUUUGUUUUUUUAAAUUAUUUUGUAUGGGCCUAUAUUGUUUCAGUGGACAAAAUAGUAUGUUAUUUAUUACAGUGUCAAACUGUAAAUCUAUUUAUAACAUACCGUGACAUGCAAGAUUUUAUUUUUUUGUAAUGCAGGUAUACUAGUGAAAAUUGUAAUAUAUUUGUUCCUGUAUUUUUUUUUGUUACUCUUGUCCAGACUAAUAAUCUAAGUGCCAAAAACCAGUUUUAUAUCAUCAGUGCAUUAUUGUAAAUGAAUGGAAGAGCUGGUGAACGGUUUUUGUAAAAGAUUGUUGACCAGAAAACAUUACUUGGAAUAAACACAAGAUUCUUUAAAA